AUGGCGAGAACAUUUUUGCCUUCUGAAGAUUUGUACAGCAUGGCGAGAACAUGCAAGUUGUUUCAACAAAUGUUGAAUGAUCCUGAGGUUUGGCGAACCAUGUCAGUAGAUAAGUACCAGUGGCAUGAGGACUGGUACGGGUUUGAUGAAGGCAAAAUUGUUGAGUUCUUGCAAAAGUGCAAAGAACAUAUCAAUCCAGAAAUAAUUUACAGAGAAGCUUUUAAUGACUUCUUCCUAUUGAAAGAUGAUGAGGCGGUCAAGAACCUGCAGGUGGCGGCUAUGGCAGGGCAUAUGGAAUCCUCCUACAUUGUUAGCUUGCUAGGGCUGUUGAACCCUAGUGAGGGCAAGGAAGAUGCGAUGGACUUUUUGUGCCAUCUCAACAAAACCAAGAAAAUUACAGGCAAGCAUGCAGGGAUUCAAUCAUGUAUCGAUUGCUGA